UGCUCUAAAAUCCAGCGGCUGCUGGAAAAACAGCCACGUAAAAACAUAAACGCGCAAAUAAAAUACUGUCUGUUCUUGCACAAAGCAAACUGAAUGAGAGUAAACAAGGGCCAUUAGACGGUGCCACAGCGGCAAGCGACGCAGCAGUUGGAGUUGAUAUGUGACGUGAAGGAGUUGGAAUAGAUCCGGACCCCAAAAAUGACCAUGGACGAAAAGCUUAAGUACUCGCUGCUGCGCGGGGAACUGGUGGACACGCAGAGCAUAUGGACCAGGCACGAGAAACGCGUGUGGUUCAUCACCCUGAUAACGGGCACCUGCAUGCUCUACUCCACCCGCACCACCAUGCCGCUCCUCGUGCCCGCCGUGGCCUCCGCCCAGAAGUGGAGCAAAACCGACUCCGGCACCGUGCUCAGCUCCUUCUUCUGGGGCUACACACUCACCCAGGUGGUGGGCGGCUACUUCAGCGAUCGCUUCGGCGGCCAGCGGGUCAUCCUGUGCGCCGCCAUCGGCUGGUCGCUCAUCACAUUCCUGAUGCCCACCAUUAUCUGGUCGGCGGGCUCCAUCAAGAGCUAUGCCAUUCCCUUCAUCGUGGCCAUUCGCAUCCUAAACGGCGCCCUUCAGGGCGUCCACUUCCCCAGCAUGAUCAGUUUGACCAGUCAGAACCUGUGCCCCAAUGAGCGGAGCAGCUUCUUUGGCCUGCUCACAGCUGGCUCCGCUUUGGGCACUCUUUUAACUGGAAUCAUGGGCUCCUUUCUCCUAGACUACUUUGGCUGGUCGUACGUCUUCCGGGUGAUCGGUCUGAUGGGCAUUGCCUGGGCCCUCGUCCUCCGUUACUAUGCAAUGGCCGGGGAACGCAAUCGGAUCAUAAACAUAGCCACGCCCUCGCGACUGUGCGCUAAUAAGAGUCCUGCCGAGACUAGCGCCGUGCCCUGGUUGCGCUACUUCAGUCGGCUGUCCUUCUGGGCCUGUGUGCUCACCCACGCCUGCGAGAUGAACUGCUUCUUUGUGCUACUCUCCUGGCUGCCCACCUACUUCCACGACGGUUUUCCGCACGCCAAGGGCUGGGUGGUCAACAUGAUUCCCUGGCUGGCCCUGCCGCCAUGCACUCUGUUCGCCAAGUACUUGACUACGAGAUUGCUCGCCCGCGAGUGGCACACUACUACGGUGAGGAAAUUCAUUCAGAGCUGCUGCUUUGCCGCCCAGAACUUGGCUCUUUUCGUGAUGAGCCGCACCUCGGACUUCCACACGGCCCUCAUUUGCAUGACCAUCAUCAUUGGCGGCACGGGCUUCCACAAUAAUGCGGUUACGGUGAAUCCCCAGGAUCUGGCUCCGCUGCACUCGGGCAGCGUCUUUGGACUGAUGAACACGGUGGGCGCAAUUCCCGGCUUCCUCGGUGUCUACCUGGCCGGUCACAUUCUGGAGCUCACGCAGAGUUGGCCCAUGGUUUUCAGCGCAGCGGCUGGCAUUAAUCUGGUUGGUUGGAUCAUAUUCAUGGUCUUUGGCUCCGCGGAGGCCAUUGUCUAACAUUCUCUGGCACACUUUCCUCAGCAGAAACUAACUUAUUUAUUUAUGUGUGUGUAUAUUAGAGUGGGUCGAUUUAUAUUAAUAUUUAUGAUUUAAAACUAAUAUUCAAUUGACGAACAAGAACUUUUCUUGUGAGAUGUUAAAGCCAAAAAUAUGUAGUAUCAUGGAUACUUUAAAUCGAUUCACUCUAUAUAUAUUAAUGUAUAUAUUUAAGACCGUAGUUUUAAGUAGCGAAAUCUUACUGCUCCUAGCGUGAUAAAAUACAAAUGUUUAAUCCAUCAAGCUACA